AUGGGCAGCCAAACCAGGAUCGUCAUCUCGUUCAUCACGCUGUGUCGGCCGCUUGUGGAUCUACGCUGGGAGCUCGAGGAGCUGUCCGCACUGGCUGCCGCUCUGCAAGGGUCUGCUCCCGGCCAUGUCGCUAUUCCGCCGUUGCCCGAUGAGCAUAGUUUGGAUGGUGUAUUCCAUCGUCGAUGGAGACGCGUUGCACGCGGGCUCCUCGAGCAGUGGCAGGUGAUGAACUAUGUCUCCGCUGUCUUCAUCGGGACAAUCGCGACGAUGCUCCAGGACCCCAUGGUCACCAGCAGUACAAUCAGCCGCACGAGUGCUGCUGUGGCUUUACUCUACGCGCUUUCGAGCCUUUGUUGCGGGUCCAUGCUAUACUUGCACAUCGUCAAGAUCAAGAGGCCACAGCACGCGCUCGACUGGGUCAUCAACUUCCAGACUCUAACCUCUAGCAGAUGGAUAAACCCUUUGACCAUCCUCGCUACUCCAGCAACUUUCCUCCUCUGGGCCGCGACGUUCUUCGUCCUCGCACUCUUCAUCUCCUACGUCUGGCAACCGCCCAACAUGGUCCCCCAGCUCUUCCCGCGCAUAGCGACCGCCUGCGCUCUCGCGAUGUGCGCGGGACAGAUGCUGCUCGUGGCCUGGACCCUCCGCAAGCUCGAGCCGGCACCGCAGCCGCGCAGUAGAGCCCAGACCUCUCGCACGGACACGCUCGAAGUAUAA